GUUUCGCUGGUGGACGAGCUGCAAAUAGAUUUCAGCUUGUCCCGGAGGCGCAACAGCUGGGAGCUGCACGGUCCGGGAACAAUGGGAUUGUGCAGGAAGAUUGUCCAGAGUAAGGCCUCCUUCCGUUCCUACCACUUCGGGCUGCUGUUGGUCGCUGCGUUGGCAGUGUUUGCCUUUUACUACUUAGGAUCCAACCAUGAAAAUUUUUCCAGCACCACCCGGAGAAUGAAGGAAAAUCAGGCAGGAAAGAGUUCACAGGGCGACACUCAGUUGACAGCUAACCUCAGUGGGAAGAAAGCGGCAGAAUCUCAAGGAAGUGCCCCCUUUGCUAACAGCGAGCCUGAGGACACAGCGGGGAAGCAGGCGGUGCAGUUUCAUGCUCUGAUGAUGUUUACCAAGGUGGACAAAAACUACGGUCUCCAAGAGAAAUUUACGGUUGCCAUCAAGUCGAUGGUCAAACAUGCAGUGUUCGAGGAUGAUGAGGUACUCUGUCUGCAUUUUGUUGCUGAUGUCCCCAGCAAGAAGAUAGGAGAACCACUUCUACAGCAACUGAUGCAAAUCGCUCCCUUCAAAUAUCAGAUUAUAUUCCAUGAUGUGGACACCUUGACUCAGAAGUUGUUUCCUGUUGUUGAAGGAAUGCAGAAACAUUUUAGCUCUGGAUCUGGGGCCUAUUACAGUGAUUCCAUUUUCUUCUUGUCAGUUGCCAUGCACAGAAUCAUGCCUUCAGAAAUGACUCGUAUUGUGCAGUUGGACCUGGAUUUGAAGUACAUGUCUAACAUCAGGAGUCUGUUUGGGGAGUUUGAGAUGUUCCAGCCAGGAGCUGUGAUAGGGAUCGCCAGAGAAAUGCAGCCUGUUUACAGGCACACCUUUUGGCAGUACCGCAGAGAAAACCCCAAAACUAAAGUUGGUGAUCCUCCACCAGAUGGCCUCCCUGGAUUCAAUAGUGGAGUCAUGCUGCUAAAUUUAGAAGCUAUGCGGCAGUCAGAACGCUACAAUCAACUUCUGAACAUGGAGAACGUACGGAAACUUGCAGAAAAGUAUCAUUUUAAAGGUCACCUAGGUGACCAAGAUUUCUUCACAUUGAUUGGAAUGGAGCACAUCGAUCUCUUCCACAUUCUGGACUGUAUAUACAACAGACAGCUCUGUACCUGGUGGCGGGAUCACGGUUAUGCUGAGGUCUUUGAUCUGUACUUCAAAUGUGAUGGGCAAGUAAAAAUUUACCAUGGGAACUGCAACACCCCAAUCCCAGCUGACUGAGUAAAUGCAAUAGUUGAGAGUGUUUGCGGAUGCCUUACAAUGCACAAUAUUUUCUAUUGUUAGAAAAUAGUGUUCGUACUACUUGAAAUACUUUUCAUUCAUUUGUACCUAUUUUAUAACUCCUAUCUUUUUCCCCUUUCAUUUGUUAUCCCUCCUCUAUCUAAUCAGAUUUCAGAACUCUCAUUUUGUGAGAGUCAUUAAAUGGUAAAUCCAUGGAAAUAAUUGUGAAAUCUAUUAAAGCCAAGAAAGUAUGAAUGACAUUGUUAUUUUCUACUUGUACAUGUUUGCCUCCAAGAAAAUCAGUAUUUUCUUUACCUGAUUUCCCAUUGUUGAUAUUUUAGCGAGAGAAUAUGGUGCGAUCUUUCUGCUUGACCAUCUAGCUGCAGGAGAAACCAACGGUUUGGUAGGGAUCCAUUUGGUCCCACUCCAUAUGCACCACUGCAUACCCUGUACAAAUACAUUUUAAAUAUUGAUGACUGAUUUGUAUCAAAUUGUAUUUGUUCUUUAUGUCAUGACAAACACAGAGCAAUUUUCUUUGUUUUGAUUACUUCUUUUGAAGCUUGCACCAUGUUAAAUUAAUUCUAAAUAAACCACUUGAUACCUAUCUAAUCUUCACGUUGGAUAGAAUCCACCUUUCUAUAAAGCCUUCUCUGAAUUCAGCAACUGCAAUAUUAAAGUAAAAAAGUUGGAAUGAGGAAGGAUAGAGAAGCUAUGAAAUAUAUGCCAUCUCUUCCUUUAUAUUUUUAUGCACGGUCAGGCCUAUUGCAAAUUAUCUUGUAUUUGUGGGGCUGUGAGUGAAUUUCAGAAAGAUGCAUUUUCCAUAAUGGUAUACUUGAAUGUCAGGCAACAUUACAAUUCUAAAUCAAUAAAUUUAUCAUUGAAAUGAGUGAUUAAUAGUAAUGACAAUUAAGAAGUGCAAGCUGUAGAGCAGAGGGGGAAUUAGUGGCAUUGUGGUAUGGUCACUGGACCAGUAAGUCAGAGAGCUAAGCUAAUGUUCUGGGGACAUAUGUUUGAAUUCCACCUCAACAGAUGGUGAAAUUUGAAUUUUAGUAGAUCUAAUUUUUUUUAAAAAUUACUCUAAUGGUUAACUCUCAAAACAUAUUUUUGCCUUUUUGAUCAAGGUGCACAGCUGAAGAGAGAGAGAAAGAAAAGAUUGGGCCCAAGUCUAGAUCAUUAUGGAAGAGGGUGAGACUGAGACCAAGUUAAAGGAUUGGGUUUAAUAAACUCUAAUGUUGAUUCACUGCAGUUGGGGCACAGUCUGAGCUGGCCUUGGCAGAAUUCAUGCAAAAGUGGGGUCGGAAGCUGGUGCUGUUUCACCCUGGGUUUUCCUCCUCCUGCAUACUGCUUUGUAUAGAGUCAAGAGCGUGGUGCUUGAAAAGCACAGCAGGUCAGGCAGCAUCCAAGAAGCAGACAAAUCGACGUUUCGGGCAAAAGCCCUUCAUCAGGAAUGAGUCUGGGAGCCUCAGGGGAGUUGGAGAGAUAGAUGGAAGCGGGGGUGGGGCUGGCAGGAAGGUAGCUGAUAGAUGGAUGGAAGUGGAGGUAAAGGUGAUAGGUUGAUAGGUUGGAAGACCUCUCCAUCUCCAUCAAUGGUGACCAACUCAACACUGACACUUUCUACAAACCCACCAACUCCUGCAGCUACCUGGACUACACACUGUCCCACCUUGCCUCCUGGAAAAUGCCCCCUUAUUCCCAUUUGCUCAGUCUCUGCCACAUCUGCACCCAGGAGGACCAGUUCCACCACAGAAUACACCAGAUGGCCUCUUUAAAGACCACAAUUUCCCCUCCCACGUGGUUGAUGAUGCCCUCCAGUGCAUCACAUCCACGUCCUGCACCUCCACACUUGAACCCCAUCCCUAAACCGCAGGAAGGACAGAGACCCCCGGUCCUCACCUUCAACCCCACUAACUUUGUAUAGUCCGUAUAAACAACCCCACCACCAGAGAUAUACUUCUCUCCACCCCCCCCCCCACCAUUCGCUUCGAAUAAAGACCGUUCCCUCCGUGACUACCUCAUCAGGUCCACGCCCCGCAACAACCCACCCUCCCAUCCUGGCACCUUCCCCUGCCACCGCAGGAAUUGCAAAACCUGCGCCCACAUUUGCCUCCUCACCUCCAUCCAAGGUCCCAAAGGAGCCUUCCACAUCCAUCAGAGUUUCACCUGAAUUUCCACACAUGUCAUUUACUGUAUCCAUUGCUCCCAAUGCAUUCUCCUUUACAUUGGGGAGACAGGACAGAGCUCUUCAGAGAACAUCUCCAAGACACACGCACCAAUCAACACCACCACCUCGUGGCCAAACACGUCAACACCCCCUCCCACUGUGCCGAGGACAUGCAGGUCCCAGACUGCCUCCAAUGCCACUCCUAUGGCAUCAAUGUGGAUUUCACCAGUUUCCUCAUUCCCCACCACCACCAACGUUAUCUCAGUUCCAACCUUCCUGCUCAGCACUGCCCUCAUGACCUGUCCCAUCUGUCCAUCUUUCUUCCCAUCUAUCUGCUCCACCCUCCCCUCUAACCUAUCACCUUUACCCCCACCUCUUGCACUCUCAGCUACCAACCCUUCAGCUCCACCCCCCUCUUCCAUUUGUACCAUCACCCCCGAGGUGCCCAUGCUCAUUCCUGAUGAAGGGCUUUUGCUUGAAACAUCGAUUCUCCUGCUCCUCUGAUGCUGCCUGAGCUGCUGUGCUUUUCCAGCACCACACCCUUGACUCUAAUCUCCAGCAUCUGCAGUACACACUUUCACCUGCUUUGUAUAGAAUUAGCCAGUUAACUCACUCAGUCACCCCUCACCUAGCUGCCCAGUCAUCCAGCCACUCAUUCAUUCCUGACCAGUACUCCUCCCACAUUGAACAGUCAUCAUUCACUUUAGAAAUUGUUUUUAUCCAUCCUUGUCUGUAAUAAUCAUGUAAUUUUCUCAUUGUUGUUAACUAAAUCUUUAAAAUUCAAUUCCUCAAAGAAUCUUGUCUCUUUGGAAAAAGACAAUUGAAGUUCUCCUUGUUUAAUUAUUUCUAUGACUUGGUAAAUUGGAAAAAAGCAAUUUUUUUUG